AUGGUGGACCCGGUGGGCUUCGCCGAGGCGUGGCGGGCGCAGUUCCCGGACUCGGAGCCGCCGCGCAUGGAGCUGCGCUCGGCGGGCGACAUCGAGCAGGAGCUGGAGCGCUGCCGGGCCUCCAUCCGGCGGCUGGAGCGCGAGGUGAACCAGGAGCGCUUCCGCAUGAUCUACCUGCAGACGCUGCUGGCCAAGGAGCGGAAGAGCUACGACCGCCAGCGCUGGGGCUUCCGGGGCGCCGCGCAGCCCCCCGACGGCCCCGCCGCCGCCGCCGAGCCCCGCGCGCCCGCCCCGCGCCCUGCGCCGCCCGCCGACGGCGCCGACCCGCCGCCUCCGCCGCCUCCUCCUCCUCCUCCUGCGGCCGAGGAGCCGCCCGAGGCCCGGCCCGACGGAGAGGGCUCCCCGGGCAAAGCCGCCCGGCCCGCGCCCGCCCGCCGGCCCGGGGCCGCCGACCGGGACGACCGGGACGACCGCGGGGGCCCCCCCACCAGCGUGGCGGCGCUCCGCUCCAACUUCGAGAGGGUCCGCAAGGCCGACCCCGCCGCCGCCGCCGCCGACAAGCCCUUCUACGUGAACGUCGAGUUCCACCACGAGCGCGGGCUGGUGAAGGUCAACGACAAGGAGGUGUCGGAGCGCAUCAGCUCGCUGGGCAGCCAGGCCAUGCGCCUGGAGCGCCGCCGCCGGGGCCAGCGGGGCGCGCCCCCCGCACAGCCCCGCGCGCGCCCCGCCGGCAGCCCGCCGCGCGGCCUGGACGGCGACUACGAGGACGCCGAGCUGAACGCGCGCUUCCUCCGGGACAACCUGGUGCAGGCCGCCGCCUGGCCGCCCCUGGAGCCGCACCAGCCCUACCAGAGCGUCUUCGUGGGCGGCCCGCCGGCGGGGGGCGAGGCCGGGGCCGCCGCCGCCGCGGAGCCCCCGCCGCAGCGCCGCCUGACCUGGCCGCGCCGCUCCUACUCGCCCCGCAGCUUCGAGGACAGCGGCGGCGGCUACACGCCGGACUGCAGCUCCAACGAGAACCUCACGUCCAGCGAGGACGAGGAGGAGGAGGAGGAGGACGACGAGGAGGAUGUGUCGUCCGGUGGCCAGUCCGGCCGCGUGUCCCCGAGCCCCGCCGCCGCUGCCGCCGCCGGCCGUCGCCGCUGCCCGGGCCGCGACCGGAGCCGCUCGCCCUCGCAGACGUCGCAGCAGUCGCUGGACAGCGGCCCCAGCCCGCCGCCCACGCCGCAGUGCCCCCGGCGCCACCGCCACGGCCCCGUCGUGGUGUCCGAGGCCACCAUCGUGGGCGUGCGCAAGACCGGGCAGAUCUGGCCCAGCGACGGGGACAGCGCCUUCCCCGGAGACGCAGACGCGUCCUUCGGGUACGGCUGCGCGGCGGACCAUGCGGAGGAGCAGCGGCGGCACCAGGACGGGCUGCCCUACAUCGAUGACUCGCCCUCCUCCUCGCCCCACCUGGGCGGCAAGGGCCGGGCCGGCCUGGAGCCGGCCAAGGCGAGCGAGCUGGACCUGGAGAAGGGCUUGGAGAUGCGCAAGUGGGUCCUGUCGGGCAUCCUGGCGAGUGAGGAGACGUACCUCAGCCACCUGGAGGCGCUGCUGCUGCCCAUGAAGCCGCUGAAGGCGGCGGCCACCACCUCGCAGCCGGUGCUGACGAGCCAGCAGAUCGAGACCAUCUUCUUCAAGGUGCCCGAGCUGUACGAGAUCCACAAGGAGUUCUACGACGGGCUGUGCCCCCGCGUGCAGCGGUGGAGCCACCAGCAGCGCGUGGGCGACCUCUUCCAGAGGCUGGCCAGCCAGCUGGGCGUGUACCGGGCCUUCGUGGACAACUACGGCGUCGCCAUGGAAAUGGCCGAGAAGUGCUGCCAGGCCAACGCUCAGUUUGCAGAAAUCUCCGAGAACCUGAGAGCCAGGAGCAACAAGGACGCCAAGGACCAUACGACCAAGAACUCCCUGGAGACCCUGCUCUACAAGCCCGUGGACCGGGUCACGCGGAGCACGCUGGUCCUGCACGACCUGCUGAAGCACACGCCGCCCAGCCACCCCGACCACCCGCUGCUGCAGGACGCGCUGCGCAUCUCCCAGAACUUCCUGUCCAGCAUCAACGAGGAGAUCACGCCUCGCCGGCAGUCCAUGACCGUGAAGAAGGGCGAGCACAGGCAGCUGCUGAAGGACAGCUUCAUGGUGGAGCUGGUGGAGGGCGCCCGCAAGCUGCGCCACGUCUUCCUGUUCACCGACCUGCUCCUCUGCACCAAGCUCAAGAAGCAGAGCGGAGGCAAAACGCAGCAGUACGACUGCAAGUGGUACAUCCCGCUCACCGACCUCAGCUUCCAGACGCUGGACGAGUCCGAGGCGGCGCCCGCCAUCCCCCUGGUGGUGGACGAGGAGCUGGACGCCAUGAAGAUCAAGAUCUCGCAGAUCAAGAGCGACAUCCAGAGGGAGAAGAGGGCCAACAAGGGCAGCAAGGCCAUGGAGAGGCUGAAGAAGAAGCUGUCGGAGCAGGAGUCCAUGCUCCUGCUCAUGUCCCCCAGCAUGGCCUUCCGGGUGCACAGCCGCAACGGCAAGAGCUACACGUUCCUGAUCUCGUCGGACUACGAGCGUGCGGAGUGGCGGGAGCACAUCCGGGAGCAGCAGAAGAAGUGUUUCAAAAGCUUCUCCCUGACGUCCGUGGAGCUGCAGAUGCUGACCAACUCAUGUGUCAAACUCCAGACGGUCCACUGCAUCCCCCUGACCAUCAACAAGGAAGAUGACGAGUCUCCGGGCCUCUACGGCUUCCUGAACGUCAUCGUCCACUCGGCCACGGGCUUCAAGCAGAGCUCAAACCUGUACUGUACCCUGGAGGUGGACUCCUUCGGGUACUUCGUGAACAAAGCCAAGACUCGGGUCUACAGGGACACGGCCGAGCCCAACUGGAACGAGGAGUUUGAGAUCGAGCUGGAGGGCUCGCAGACCCUGCGGAUCCUGUGCUACGAGAAGUGCUACAACAAGACGAAGAUCCCGAAGGAGGACGGCGAGAGCACCGACCGGAUCAUGGGGAAGGGCCAGGUCCAGCUGGACCCCCAGGCCCUGCAGGACAGAGACUGGCAGCGGACGGUCAUCGCCAUGAACGGGAUCGAGGUGAAGCUGUCGGUGAAGUUCACCAGCAGGGAGUUCAGCCUGAAGAGGCUGCCGUCCCGCAAGCAGACGGGCGUCUUCGGGGUCAAGAUCGCCGUGGUCACCAAGAGGGAGCGGUCCAAGGUGCCCUACAUCGUGCGGCAGUGCGUGGAGGAGAUCGAGCGCCGGGGCAUGGAGGAGGUGGGCAUCUACCGCGUGUCCGGCGUGGCCACCGACAUCCAGGCGCUGAAGGCCGCCUUCGACCUCAACAACAAGGACGUGUCGGUGAUGAUGAGCGAGAUGGACGUCAACGCCAUCGCCGGCACCCUCAAGCUCUACUUCCGGGAGCUGCCGGAGCCGCUGUUCACCGACGAGUUCUACCCCAGCUUCGCCGAGGGCAUCGCUCUUUCGGACCCCGUGGCGAAGGAGAGCUGCAUGCUGAACCUGCUGCUGUCGCUCCCAGAGGCCAACCUGCUGACCUUCCUCUUCCUCCUGGACCACCUGAAGAGGGUGGCAGAGAAGGAGACGGUGAACAAGAUGUCCCUGCACAACCUGGCCACGGUGUUCGGCCCCACACUGCUGCGGCCCUCGGAGAAGGAGAGCAAGCUGCCCGCCACGCCCGGCCAGCCCAUCUCCAUGGCGGACAGCUGGUCCCUGGAGGUCAUGUCCCAGGUCCAGGUGCUGCUGUACUUCCUGCAGCUGGAGGCCAUCCCUGCUCCUGACAGCAAGCGACAGAGCAUCCUGUUCUCCACGGAAGUCUAA